GGCCUCGCUCCUGCAGGGAGACGGGGGGGGGGCGGGGGAUGACGUCGGACGAGCUUCCGAGCGCCCCUCCCCCUACCUUCUCUUUUCCCUGUGGAAGAUGUUCCUGGACCCGGAAGGGUCUUCCCACACCUCUAGGCAAACCGAAAACCGUGCAUGAGAGAAGGACGAAUAGGGGGCUCAUCCCUGCCCCCCUGGCCGGGCGGCCGGUGCCCUCCCGAGGAUGCCUGAGGCGCCAUGGGCCACGCGCUGUGUGUCUGCUCCCGGGGGACCCUCACCAUCGACAACAAGAGAUACCUCUUCGUGCAGAAGCUGGGGGAGGGCGGGUUCAGCUACGUGGACCUGGUGGAAGGGCUGCAGGACGGGCAGUUCUAUGCCCUGAAAAGAAUCCUGUGCCACGAGCAGCAGGACCAGGAAGAGGCGCGGCGCGAGGCCGACAUGCACCGGCUCUUCCAGCACCCCAAUAUCCUCCGCCUGGAAGCCUACUGCUUGACAGACCGGGGCUCCAAGCAGGAAGCCUGGCUGCUGCUGCCCUUCCUCAAGAGGGGCACCCUGUGGAGCGAAGUGGAAGGCCUGAAAGACAAAGGCAGCUUCCUGUCUGAGGAUCAGAUCCUGCUGCUGCUGCUAGGCAUUUGCCGGGGCCUGGAGGCCAUUCAUUCCAAGGGUUAUGCCCACAGGGACCUGAAACCUACCAAUAUUUUGCUGGGAGAUGAUGGGCAGCCAGUGUUAAUGGACUUGGGUUCCAUGAACCAGGCACAAAUCCAAGUGGAAGGCUCCAGACAGGCACUAGCCCUGCAGGACUGGGCAGCCCAGCGUUGCACCAUCUCGUAUCGUGCCCCCGAACUCUUCUCUGUACAGAGCCACUGUGUCAUUGAUGAACGGACUGAUGUUUGGUCCCUAGGUUGUGUGCUGUAUGCUAUGAUGUUUGGGGAAGGCCCCUAUGACAUGGUGUUCCAGAAAGGGGACAGCGUGGCCUUGGCAGUACAGAACCAGCUCAGCAUUCCCCAGAGCCCAAGGCAUUCCCCAGAAUUACGGCAGCUCUUGGCCUCCAUGAUGACUGUGGACCCCCAGUGCCGGCCACAUACUUCUCUCCUCCUCAAUCAGUUGGAAAGUUUGCAGCCCACAGCUCCGGGCCAACAUACCACUCACAUCUGAGAGAGCAUGCAGUUUGAGAACAGAGAACUUUCUAUAAGAGGGAACUACUUUUCCUCAAAGGGACUUUCACAAUAGGUUUGCAUCCACAAUUUCAAGAAUAUCUAGGUGCUUUUGAGCUCCUACCCAUAAAGGACCAAGAGUGGGUCCUUGGGAAGGGUCCUGGCUGACCUAGAAGUGAAGAAAUGGUCACAUACUGUACAAUCAGGCCCUUGAGUUGGACUGCUGGUCUCACCUCAUGGUCUGUGGGGGUGGGAAUAGCAUUAUUCAGAAUAUGUAAAUACAGAAGUAAAGCUAAAACAUGUCCAUA